CAUCGGGGGCUCCGGGUCACAUGCACCCGCCCGGGCCUAUCCGCGCCGCCCCCCGCCCGCAGCUGGGGAGCCGCAGCCGCCACCGUCGCAGCCGCAGCAGCCACGGGCUGAGUCUGCAGCCGGGAGCCCGCCCCGGCCGCUGGACCCGCCUCCAUCCAGCAGGCCCCACCCCUCUGGACCACUUCUCUUUCUCCUUCCUGGCGUUGCACCCAAGGAGAUUCCAGCCAUCAUGUCCAUCAAGAAGAUCUGGGCCCGGGAGAUCCUGGACUCCCGCGGGAACCCCACGGUGGAGGUGGACCUCUACACCGCCAAAGGCCUCUUCCGGGCUGCAGUGCCCAGCGGAGCCUCCACCGGCAUCUAUGAGGCCCUGGAGCUAAGGGAUGGAGACAAACAGCGCUACCUUGGCAAAGGUGUCCUGAAGGCCGUGGACCACAUCAACAGCACCAUUGCGCCAGCCCUUGUCAGCUCGGGGAUCUCUGUGGUAGAGCAGGAGAAGCUGGACAACCUGAUGCUGGAGCUGGAUGGGACUGAGAACAAAUCCAAGUUCGGGGCCAAUGCCAUCCUGGGUGUGUCCUUGGCCGUGUGUAAGGCGGGGGCGGCCCAGCGGGACUUACCCCUGUAUCGUCACAUUGCUCAGCUGGCUGGGAACUCGGACCUCAUUCUGCCUGUCCCGGCCUUUAACGUCAUCAAUGGGGGCUCACAUGCGGGCAACAAGCUGGCCAUGCAGGAGUUCAUGAUUCUCCCGGUGGGUGCAGAGAGCUUCCGGGAUGCCAUGCGGCUUGGGGCGGAAGUCUACCACACGCUCAAGGGCGUCAUCAAAGAUAAGUACGGCAAGGAUGCCACCAACGUGGGCGAUGAAGGUGGCUUUGCCCCCAACAUCCUGGAGAACAGUGAAGCCCUGGAGCUGGUGAAGGAAGCCAUCGACAAGGCGGGUUACACGGAGAAGAUUGUCAUCGGCAUGGACGUCGCUGCCUCGGAGUUUUACCGCAAUGGCAAAUAUGACUUGGACUUUAAGUCCCCUGCGGAUCCUUCUCGAUAUAUCAGCGGGGACCAGCUGGGAAGCCUCUACCAGGAUUUUGUCAGGAAUUAUCCUGUGGUCUCCAUCGAGGACCCGUUUGACCAGGAUGACUGGGCUGCCUGGUCCAAGUUCACAGCCAACGUGGGGAUCCAGAUCGUGGGGGAUGACCUGACCGUGACCAAUCCAAAGCGGAUUGAGCGGGCAGUGGAAGAAAAGGCCUGCAACUGUCUGUUGCUCAAAGUCAACCAGAUUGGCUCGGUCACGGAAGCCAUCCAAGCGUGCAAACUGGCCCAGGAGAAUGGCUGGGGUGUCAUGGUGAGCCACCGCUCUGGGGAGACCGAGGACACAUUCAUCGCUGACCUGGUGGUGGGACUGUGCACCGGCCAGAUCAAGACUGGUGCCCCCUGCCGGUCGGAGCGCCUGGCUAAGUACAACCAGCUCAUGAGAAUUGAAGAAGAGCUGGGGGAUGAAGCACGCUUUGCCGGACACAAUUUCCGCAACCCCAGUGUGCUGUGACCCCUCUUCUGCCUGGAGACUCGGAACCCCUCUCGCUCCUUGUCCUGCUCUGUGACUGCACCCCAGACAUCCCAACUGCCCUUCCCAAUCGCUGCUCCUCGGCUUGUCCAGCCCCUGCUGUUCUUGCUCUCACCAUGUCUGAGUUUCAUCUCCACUUUCUUCCAUUUUUUUUUUCCUCUUUUCUCCCAAAGAAGCCCCAGGGUUUGAGGAUUCCAAGGGAGUUCAUAGAUGGAGGAUCAGGGACUGUGCUAGGGAGCAUCUGCAGGGGCUGGGGUGCUGGGUGGAAAGAAGAGGGGUUCGCUUUGUGCCAGUUUCACGGAUUUCCAUGUUGUAGCUAAGCCAGAACUACACUGUGCUGAGGUGGGGGAGCCCAGGCUCGCCUGCCAACACUCUGGUGGGACUUUAUUUGUUCGUUCCUUUGUUCAUUUGUUCAUUCAUUCAUUCAUUCAUUAUUCAUUCAUUCACUCUUCAUUCUUCAUUCAUCCUGUUAAUGAAUCAUGUCCCAAAACUGUAGGGCCACACACUGACGAAAUUACAGGACUUGUCUAUUUGUAUUUCAGGUCACUGUAGGUUUGGAGCUAACCUAGGGAGGUGGGUUGGUCGAAUAGGAACUGGAAAGAGCCUUGAUGUCCGAUUCUGAUGUGCAUUGGCCCUGAACUGAAGCCUUGGGGUGGGGGUAUCCUGAGGUGGGGCUAUGCGCGGGGUGGGGCGGCUUCUCUCCUACAAAUUUCUUCCCACCCCUGGCUUCCUUGUUCUUCCUCCAGCUGCACCAGAGCCAACUCUGCCCCUCCUUGCCAUGUUCCACUGCUGCCACCACCCCCCGUGGUGUGGAAUGAGCCCCAUUAAAGUCUGAACCCAGUGA